AUGAAAGGGAGCACAGGUUGAGGGGGUUAUAAAGAGUGUGGAUGAACAAAGGCUGACAGGGAUGUACAGUAUGUACCUCAGGCCUCGUAGUGUUUGCCUGACCACACCACCCGACUACUACCACUACCACUACCAGUCUUGUCUAGUCCGACCUGCCCCGGGAAAUCAAUCACGACAUCGACAACGCCCCCUUCAAGAUCAACAUCGAGAAGCUCACCCCCCCCCAGCCCCUCCUCCAAGCAGUAUACGCGGAGACUCUUCGCCUGUGGGUGAAUGGAUUUUUCCUCUGGCGUCUCUCCUACAUGGACAUGGAUAUCCACGGCUACCGCAUUCCAAGGAAUCAUUACGUUGCAAGCAGCCCGAUCCCCAGCCACAUGGAUCCUGCGAUUUGGAGCACAGACCAGAACGCUGAUUACAGUCCGUCGUCGUCGAGGUCAGAGCCAGAGGAAGAAUUCACGGCCGGACCAGCUAGCCACGCUGGAGCCUGGAUGCCCUUUGGAGGCGGGUACCAUGCUUGCCCUGGACGACGAUUUGCGAAGGUCAUUGCUAUGCUUUCGACAAUGAUGCUGGUGAUAGGGUAUGAUGUUGAGGUGCUGGCGGAUGUGAAGCAACUGCAGGUCAGUAUGCGGAAUUUCGGUUUUGGAGUGUCUAGGCCGGCCGAGAGAGUCAAGGCAAGGAUCAAGAGGAGGGGAGAUGGAAUUUUGGUAGGAGAUAACCUCCUUAAAUGCUAGAAAUGCUGGACAGUAGAAGAAUGGUCCCCCAAUGUUGCGAUGCUAGGACGCACCGAUGGAUACAAAACCUUUUUUUCCAUACUAUACUCACUGUUAUUUUGGACUUGGAAUUGACUUAU